AUGGAAGACAGAUGUGAAGGCUGUAAUAAUGGUUUCAGACUUGAAAAUGGAAAAUGUGUCAAUUGUGCUGAUAAUUGUAACAUUUGUAUUGAAAAUGUUACUGCAUCUGGUGACCCCAGUAAAUCAAUCUGUACUCAAUGUGCAGAGGGUUAUAUUAUGAAAAACGGAGCGUGUAAAAGUCUUGUUGAAUUGAACUGUUUGGAAGGAGAUGUAUUUUAUGGAUGUUUUGAGUGCCUUUCUGGGUAUUUCUUUAACUCCGACUUGGACUGUGAAAAAUGCGAAGAGAAGUGUGGCGAGUGUGUUAACACAAAAGAUACAUGUCUGACGUGUGGAGAGAAAUAUUACUUUUCAAGAGAAACAAACGAUUGUAUACUCGUUGGUGAUAAUUGUGAAAUAUCCGACCAAAGUGGCUGCCUGAGUUGUGUAGAUGGUACGACUGUUGGUACUGAAUUGGAUCCUGGAUGGUACGUUCCCAUUGGUUCUCAAGUAUGUGUAAACUGUGAUGAAGAGUGUAAGUUGUGUUCGAAAGAAUCAUAUAGAUGCACUGCUUGUAUUAGUGGGUAUACUUUGAUUAAGAAUGAAAGUGAAGAUUUUUACAGGUGUAAAAAACAGAGUGAACAUUGUAUGAACUCUGAGUUGGGGUAUUGCACACAAUGCCAAGAUGGGUACUUUGUGAAAGGUGAUGAUAUAAAGGAUUGUAUUAAGUGCGAUGAAUCGUGUGCCACUUGUAAAGACAUCACUAGUUGUAAUACAUGCAAUGAAGACUACUUUAUGCCAAAAUACUUUCAAGACAAUAACAUUAAAAUGUUGUGUUAUCCGAAGGCUGAAAUUAAUGAGACGUGUGAAACAAAUGCAAAUGGGUGUGGAGAGUGUCAUGACGGUUAUUACAUGAACAAAGAAGACUUGAAAGAAUACAAAUGCAGUGUAUGUCCCAAAGAGUGUCUUACUUGCAAAUUCAACAACACUGAUUCCUCAAACUAUUCUGUUGGAAACAUUGUUUGCACGUUGUGUCCGACAGACAAGGAGUAUGUCAAUAACGGGAAAUGCCAUUUAUGCUCUGAGAUUGAUAAUUGCAUUUCUUGUGCAGGAGAAAAGUGUACAAAGUGCAGUGAAGGGUUUUCACUCACAAGUGAUGGACUUGAGUGCUAUAGAACUCGGUGGGAAUUGAUCAUCCCAUUUGUGGUGAUUGGUGUCUUGAUCCUCAUAGUUAUUGUGAUAACAUUUGUUGUGGUAAUACUAGUGAGGAAACGAAAGAGCGCGAAAACUGAAAACAAAGAGAUUCGUCCUUUCAAAGUUGGAAAUGAGCUGGAGAUGCUCCUGAUGCUUGCGGACAACGAGAAGUUCCCAUUAAAGACAGACAAGUGGGUACUCAACUUUGGGUUAGUUAAAGAACAUGCAAAAGUCGGUCAGGAAUACAAUGAAGUUGUCAAUUUGGCGAAUAUGACUGAUAAAACAUACUACUUUGAAUUUCACAUGACCCCGAGUCAUCGAUAUGAAAUGGAAAUCUACCCAUUGAGUGGCACUCUUAAGCCCUCGACUGCAGUACAAAUCACUUUCAGAAUAACGAUGUUGUGCACUGCUUCUGUGUAUGACCACAUUGGAAUAACAGCAGUUGAUGUAGAAGAAGACGUCAAAGAAACGGCCAAAUUCACAAUGGGGUUUGAGGCUGAAGUCUCGACUAAACUUGACCACACCGAACUGUUACCAAUUAUGCCGGCAAUUGGCGAAGGAGCGUUUGGUAUUGUGUUUAAGGGGAAGUACCGAGGACGGGAUGUUGCGAUAAAGAAGAUGAAAGCAAGAAACUUGACCAUUGACCAAGAGAAACAGUUUACACAUGAAAUUAAUAUGUUGACACAAUUACGAAGCAUGGUGGUCAUCGAGUACGUUGGCGCUGUAUUCACUGAAGGGGAGAUAUCGAUUGUAACUGAAUAUGCAGAAUAUGGCAGUCUAAGUAAAGUGUGGGGAAAGUACCCAAUCGACCAUCAGAUGAAAAUGAAAAUUCUGAACGAUUUUGCUGUUGCAUUGGCCUUUAUACAUGAGAACGAAUUUAUUCAUAGAGAUGUUAAAGGAGAGAAUUUGCUCAUAUUCAGUAUGAAUCCGCAUACCCCCAUCUCGUCGAAAUUGACAGACUUUGGGACGUGCAGAAGUAUCUCUGAAAACGCCUUGAAAAUCAGAGCACUGUCUCAAUCAAUUGGAACCCCAACAUACAUGCCACCAGAGUGUCUGGAGAACAACACGAACUAUGGGUAUCCAGUCGACGUCUAUUCUUUUGGAAUAGUGUUGUAUGAAACGUUUAUAGAAGGUAAUGCCUACGAGAAUGAUGAUCGGUUCACACAACCUUGGGUCAUCCCACAGUUUGUGAUUGAAGGAAAUCGUCUUGAAAAGCCAAGAGAGAUGGAAGACUACUAUUGGGACCUCAUUGAGAAAUGUUGGAAGCAGAAGGCAGAGGAGAGACCAACGUUCUUGGAUAUUUUAGAUAUCAUGAAGACGUGGGACGUCGACAUCGAAAGGUCGUACAGUGUUGUCAUGGAAAUGAGAAAGAAUCAAAUGAAAAGAAAUACAGGAGAACUGAAUCAAUUUGAGGAACAAUCAGACAUAGACAACAUCAGUUUACCAUCUACCACGUCAUCAGACUAUUUCUAA